AUGCCGGGUCUAUGGAAGGAAAUCGAAAUUGUGUCUGAAGCCGACGAAGAACUUAUUUCAGUCAGGUUAGCUCUGCAGUCUGGUAACUGGCCGGAAAAUAUUCGUCGUUUCCAUGCUCAAAUGAAAGAGUUGCGUUCGUUAGGUUCGCUUAUUUUCAAUGGAGAUCGAAUUGUGCUACCAGAAGCCCUUCGUUACAAGGCCAUUAAAGCGUCUCAUCAAGGCCACAUUGGGUGUGGAGCAAUGAAGCGAAUUAUCAGGGAAUAUUUUUGGUGGCCUGGCCUGAGUUCUGAAGUCGAAAAGUUUGUGAAAUCCUGUGAAACAUGUUUAGUCAUCUCAAGGCGAAACCCGUCAAUUCCGUUAUGUAGUCGAGAGCUUCCAGACGGACCAUGGGAGAUUUUGCAGGUGGAUCUCCUGUCCAUUAACAACUGUGGAUCGGGAGAAUUUCUCGUAUUGGUAGAUACAUAUUCCCGGUACCUUGCUGUAGCAGAAAUAAAAUCGACAGAUGCAAAAAAUACAAACUUGACCCUCGCAAAAAUAUUUUACACUUGGGGACUUCCCCUUAUUCUUCAGAGUGACAAUGGACCACCCUUCCAAGGGAAAGAAUUUAUUGAUUAUUGGCAAAAUAAAGGUGUGAAGAUAAGGAAAUCGUUACCAUUAAGUGCUCAAUCGAAUGGAGCGGUAGAACGUCAGAAUCAGGGGAUUUUAAAAGCGAUCGCAGGAGCAAAAGAGGAUGGUCUGCACUGGAAAGAAGCAUUGCAGAAUUAUGUACAUGUCCACAACACACUGAAACCGCACUUCCGUCUUUGCAUUACGCCCUUCGAGCUCUUGGUUGGUUGGAAGUAUCGAGGUACUUUCCCUAGCUUAUGGAAAGCUAAGUCAUCGGAGGAAUUGGACAGAUAUGAGAUUCGUGACAGGGAUGCAUUGUCCAAAUUAAUAAGCAAAACCUAUGCAGACAGUCAUCGAGGAGCUAAAGCAUCUGAUAUUAAAGCAGGAGACAAAGUCAUUAUGGCAGUCCCUAAAAAACCAAGGUAG